GUCACAAAUUCAUUCAGCUAACAAUGAGUUUUGAGUGAAGAUUAUGGUACAGUAAUAUAAAAAAGGUCGAUCUAAUUCCUUUUUAUUGAUAUUAUGAUUGGUCAAUGGGGUCAAAAGAAAUAAGUGAACCAAUAAGAUUUAAGAUUACAGGUCGUUAAUAACGGUCAAAAAUAUGAUUGGUUAAAGAGAUAGUCAUCGGUCUGAUUGAGAAAAACCAAAAAAAAGUCUAAUCGACUCGAAAAUGUAGUGCGUCAAGAAAAUUUUAUACAAUGAACAAAGUAUAAUAUUUAUAACACGAUCAGUUUAUAUUUAAUUAUAUAUAUAAAAACAUAUCUGUGGAUAUUUUAAAUCCAAAUCAUAAUCAUGCUACAUCGACCUACUCUCAUGCCUCCAUCAAUGAGAUCAUCUUCAAAAUUCAAAUUAUCUACUAAUUCACAACAUUCAUCUCAAUCGAUUAAAAUAGAAAAUUGUCUUGAUUUUAACGGUGGUGAGACGGUUAUUGUCGGACCUACAGAUCCAGAUGAAGAUCGUAUGAAACAGGAAGAUACAACAUAUGAUGUAGUAUUAAAAAAAGAACAGGAAGAUUAUAUGGAAGAAGAUUACAAUGAGAAUGAUGAAGAUAUGAAUUCAAAUGAAACUCAUAUGAAAAGUGAAUCUCACAUCCCAGUGUCGAAUAUUAAAUUGGAUGAACCCACUGGAAAUGAAACUGCAGUCACCGUAACCACAGAUUCAGUUAAACCUAUUGAAAUUUUACCUCUGAAUGAUGCCAUUCAGAAUUUACUAACAUGUAUACCACAUGGUGCUGCCACUAUACAGAAUGUUCCACUUCAACCUAUACUGUCGAGUAAAGUGAAUGGGUCGGGGAGUGUGCAAAUGCCGAAUGUUGUUUCCAAUGCAUUGCCUACAUUGUGGCUUCAUUCUCCUGUUGUGAAUUCAACAGGAAUGAGUAUGCCUAAUGUGACUAGUGUGACAGAUUUGACGAGUAAUAUUGUACAGAAUACUGCGAAUGCACUGAAUCCACUUGUUGCUGCUGUGCUUGUGAAUUGUGCCACAGUGAACAUGAUAAGUCAGUUAGCUGGAUCAAUGUGUACUCCGAUCGUGAACAGUAGUGUGAUGGAUGGUAAUGUUAAUGGUAUUAAUGUGAACAAUAAUAAUAACCACACUACUAUUAAUGGUAGUGUUAGUAGUGGUAAUGUUGGUGUUGGUUGUGGUGGUGUUGUUGUUGGUAUUAAUGGUGGUGUCACUGGUGUCAACACUGUAAUAAUCCCUACAGCAUCAUUACUUCCUAAUUUGUUAUCUGCUAUUCCGUUAUCUACGUAUAUAUCUGGAUUAGGACUGACUACAUCUGGAGGUAUAAUUACUUCACCAAAUAAUUUGUGUGAUGUUGGUGUUACCAGUACAGUUGUCUCGUCUGCUAAAACUCUCAAUGCGAACAAUAAUAAUAAUAAUGGUAUAAUUGUGACACCAUUGAAUGUUGAGAAUAUUACUAUUUCACCGUCAUCGGGUAGAAAUCAAGCUGAAAGGAACGAUGUGAUGUAUAGUACUGAAAUAUCCGUUGUAAAUAAUUCAUCUAAUGAAAUUGUUAAAAAUACUAAGAAUAAUAAUGAUAAUAAUGUGACAACUAUCAGCUCAGAAUCAUUUCAGCCAUAUAUGAUAAUUCCUGAUUCUAGAACAAUGUUUAGCACUGUGCCUGCUAAAGAAUUGCGGAAAUAUCAUUGUACAUAUCCAGGAUGUGAAAAAUCGUAUACUAGACGAUUUCAGUUGAAUCAACAUAUAUUAACGCAUAUUAUUACUGGUCCGAUAUCUUGUGAUGCACCGAACUGCAGUAUGAAAUACUUUUCAGAGGAGGAUUUAAAAAGACAUAAACUAUGUAAACAUUCAUCAGCCAAUAAAGAUUCGCGUCAUCAACAAGCUUGUACAAUUCCUGAAUGCGACGGAUCCUAUUCAGAGAAACAUUCCGAAAUAACUACUUUUUCUUCAAAUGUGCUACCUGAAUCAACUGAACCAGUGGAAACGAGGAAUGCAACAUCAAUAACACCGAAUAUUCAGAAAAAUCGUACUCUCCCACUUAUUGCACCAAAAUCAACUAUAUCUCUUCCUACAAAUUUGAUUUUUCGAAAUGUUUGUACAUAUCCUGGAUGUGGUAAAUCUUAUUCAUCAUACACCAAACUGAAGUUACAUUUAAGAUCCCAUAAAUGUGAAAAAUACUACGUUUGUCGAAAACCUGGUUGUAAUGCUACAUUUACUCAAUUGUCCGGAGUUCGAUCUCACGAACUAUCACACAUAUCCAUCCAUAAAGGUUCCGAACGACUGGAUCAAUAUCCUAUCACUAUCAGUGAUAACAUAUUCCGAACAAGUCUUGAUACUUCUCAACUAAAAUUGAUUUCUCAGAGUAAUGCUGAAAUAACAAAUAUUUCACCAGAUGUACUACUUAAAUCAACAGAACCAAUGGAAAUUACAAGUGAAAUAUCUAUUGCACCGAAUAUUCAUGAAAAUCGUUCUCUCCCACUUGUUGUACCAAAUUCAAGUGUACCUCUUCCUGAGCCAUUUAUUCUCACUGCAAGUUGGGAUUCCGAAAUGAAGUUACUUUAUGUUUGUCCAUUUAAAGAAUGCGGUAAAGCAUUCACGAAACGAAGCAAACUUCAUGAGCAUGUUUGUCGACAUAUGGGUGUACGACCAUUUGUUUGUGAUAAAUGUAAAGCAUCAUUUGUUCAAAAGUAUGAAUUACGUCGUCACAGUAUUAUCCACCUUCGUGGUGCACAACCAAGAAGUUUAUCACGUUUUCUCACAACUCCACAACAAACAAAUGAAACACUUGAAUCUAUUAUUGCAAACAGUCAAAUUCCUGUCAGUACUACUCCCAAUACUACUCCCAUAACUACUACUUAUGCAACUUAUACUACUAAUACUAUUCCCACUGUCACUACACCGGUUUCUGCAACCAGUCUUAUUUCGGAUGCUACAAAUCCCACCAUCUCCACUGUUCCUGUUUCUAUCAGUACUCUUAAAGUUGAAGAAGAGCCAGUACUAAUCAAAAUGGAAGGAGUUACUGAACAAUCAACAAAUGUGCGACCAUAUGAUACUGAUGAUCAGAAUUCCACUCAUAAGUUACUCUACACACUCCUUCAGUCUAAUUGUGAAACGUUACAAUCGUCAUAAAUAAUCGUCAACAUCUCAUGAAAGAUGUGAGAGUUCUUCCGAAGUUUCACUAAAAUGUUUGGUAACUAAUCCCGAGUAAAUGUUUAUCAAACAGAUCAUUGUACAUUAAACAAAUCAAAGUAAAAAGAAAUAUAUAUGAUGAUAU